AUGAGGCAAGCCAUGAAUAGACUUGGAUUCAAGAACAGACAAGCUCGUAAAAAGCGACUUGUAACGGAUUUGGAUCUGAAAAAGAGAGUGAGGUUCGCUAAGAAGAUGACCCGUGAGUACCCGCCUGGUGCGAGGGCAAGGCAAAGGCGCAGUGAGGGUCUGAACCAGCAUUGUACAGCAAAGGAGAGCAAAGUCGGAUCUGGGGGAAGAGUUGUCAAGGCAAUGGUUGUGACUAUGCACGGAGAAGGAGUAAUAUUAUGUGAACCAUACAAGACAAUGAACGGUGCAUAUUUUGUUAAGUUCGUGACAGACAAGUUUGAGGCUCUGAUUUCAAGAGCGGGCAAAGGAGAAAGCCGGUUGUUUCUACAAGAUGGGGACCCAAGUCAAAACUCAAGGGCUACGCGGGACAUGAUGACAAACAUCAAAGCAGAGCUGCUAUCCACUCCCCCAAGUAGCCAGGACUUGAAUCCCAUUGAAAACAUUUUCAAACUUGUGGAGACAAACUGA